ACCGAGUUACCAACCACCAACAAAUUACAAAACAAAAAUCUUUGCAAAAGUAGAUUGAUGAAACUCAAAAAUUGUUACGAAAUGGAAAAAAAAUACAAAAAAUGUGAAAUCUGCAGGAAAAAUACUAAUGUUAAAGAAAAAUACCUAUUAGCAAGAUUUCCGCUCGACAAAGAACGUUGUAAGAAAUGGGUCAAAGCCAUUGGAAUUCCAGAGUUGGCUAGAUUAACUAUCGCUCAAUUACAUUAUUCCCAUUUUGUAUGUGGCAAACAUUUUUCUGAUAAUCACUUCCGUUCCAAAAAUUCACGACUAAAAUUUACUGCCAUACCUACCCUGCAUCUCCUAAACCCACCCCUGAGCGAUACACUUUUAGAAAAUUUUCCAGGCAAGAAGCAUUUGCCAAAUACCAUAAAUGUAACACUUCAAGUUGAAAAUGGAAUCACACACUCAUCCACAUACAAUUUUUUGGCUGAACAUAAUUAUUUUCAACGAAUUGAUCCAUCAAAAUGUGACACAAUAGCACAGACUGAUAUAUUUGCAAAGGAUAAAAAAAGUCACAGCACUCCUCUUUGUUCAUCAGCUGUGGAUAUGUCUGAAAACGAAACUCGCAAGGAAAUUGAAAUGGAAAAUCCAGGUGCAACGACCGCAGAGACUGAUGCAGACAUAGAUGAUGUAACAGAAGAUUAUAGCGCACCUUAUAUUUCUUCAUCGCCUGCUGGCAUGUCUGAAGACCUGAAUCGCAAGAUAAUGGACAUUAAUGCCGCAGUCCUAACCAGGCAUAGCCCAGAUCCCACACCCUCAAGCGUUCAAUCAGAUCUGGCUAACCAUAGUUCUAAUGUUAUCAUAACGAAUCCAGAUCCCACACCCUCAAGCAUUCAAUCAGCAGUGGCUAACCAUAGUUCUAAUGUUACCAUAACGAAUCAAGGUCCCACACCCUCAAGCGUUCAAUCAGCUGUGGCUAACCAUAGUUCUAAUGUUAACAUAACGAAUCCAGAUCCCACAACUUCAAGCAUUCUGUCAACUAUGGCUAAACGUACUUCAAAGUCUAUGAGAAAGCUACCAGUCACAAAGGUAGACAAUGAGGAAAUUAAGAAGCUAAGAGCAGACCUGGUCAAACAAUACCGUAAGAAAACGGCACAAAAAUUAAAAGAAACAAGAACAAAAUUAAGAGAAGCCCAAAAGAAAUUAUGGGCCAUAGAAAGCAUCAAAUCGCCUCUACUGAAAUCCCUUAUUGAAUCGGAAAUCUCCAACCGUAAGAAAAAAGCGAAUGGUAAACGAUGGUCCACGUUUACCAAAUGUUUGGCCUUGGCUCUUUACAAAAGAUCGCCGCAGGCGUAUGCUUACUUAGAAAAGCUGUUGCCGCUACCGACCAUAAGAACCUUACAAAAAGUUUUUCAAGAAUUCCAACAAGGCGCCGCCGUGAAUGCACUUGAACAGCUGCAGCCGCAGACUGAAGACUUUCAGGCGGCCGAUACUUUAGUAUUUCCGUCAGCCGAUACUAUAGUCGAGCCUUUACCGUAUGAAGAAUAAAGAUGUAUAAAGGUGCGCGCAAUAAACGAUGUGUAUGUAUGUAA